AUGUUGAAAAUUUUAAAAGGCCAGCAAGAAUAUCUUGAUGGUGUUGUUGUGUGUGAAGAAUCGAAAAAUGCUUCGUGUCUUCCUUUGGUCAUCCAUUUUCUAGGCGCCGCAGUUGAAAGUAAUAAGAAAGUUUGUCUGAUCUCGAGUAGAAUGACUGACAUGAACUACAGGUAUUUUCAAAUAAUUUUUAAUUUUAGACAGUUCAGUUGUUUUCAGGUUAAUUUGUUCAAAGGUUGGAGUACGUUGGAAUCCUGCAAAUAUCUCAUUUUCUGAAGUUGUUCAACCUGGCUAUAGUUUCGACACAGAGGUCAAAGUGAUAAUGGAUGAUAUUUUCACAAAAAUAACCGAAGUCAAGCCAGAAUUUGUUAUUUUCGAUGAUUUAUCAAUUUUAGAAAGUUUUGGUGCGACAGAAAUAGAAACUUCUCUCUACAUUCACAAAAUCUAUGAAUUUUUAGUAAGUGAAUAUAAACUAUUGAGACAAAAAAUACGAUUUAAUUCAGACAACGACAUGUGAAACUCCUCUUCUGUUUGCUCCAUUUUCCUCUUCACCAGGAAUAACUUCUCUUCUAAAACCCUACACAAACCUUCACAUCGAAAUCAUCACAGUCGGUCAUGGUUUUGCGAAAGAUGCAACUUCCAAAGCUAUCCUAACUCACCGAGAUUCUUCUUUCCCCAAAAAGGCAAUUCUUCUCUCCGGCGAGCGAACAAACAACGGACAAUGGGUAUCAAUUUAA